UCAGUCGGCUCGUGCAAUGGCGGACAGAUUCACAUGACGCCGAACUCUAGUUAUCCUUCAGUUCGGCAGCUACAGAACUAUUCCUAUUCGUCUUAUAAUGCUCAGUCAAUGUACCCCCGUUUCCCAUCAUACGACAGACUGGAUGUCCGCUCUAUGGGGGGUCACGCCCAGUCAAAUGACUUUUAUCGCACACACGAGAACAGUACUCCCAACAGCGAAAACUGUCGCCAGUUCGGCGAACGAAUACCGGAAACAGACAUCCCAGAAUUCAGUAGCUGCAAACUUAAUGGCGGACACGGGUACAGUGAUAAAGACACAGUUACUGACUUGCCGCAGUCCGACUCCCCCAGCCCCUCACCCCAUGGGUCAGAUGGCUACCCUGCAGGGUGCCCAAAUGAAACGGGUGGCGACACCGGAAGUGACAGCAACUCUACCUCAACACUUCCGGUUUAUCCCUGGAUGAGAAGCCAGUAUGGACCCAACCGAAAGCGUGGCAGACAGACAUACACCCGAUACCAGACCCUAGAACUGGAAAAGGAAUUUCAUUUUAACAGAUAUCUCACGCGCAGACGCAGAAUAGAAAUUGCGCAUGCGUUGUGCUUGACAGAAAGACAGAUAAAAAUCUGGUUCCAAAACAGACGCAUGAAAUGGAAGAAAGAGAGCAAGCAGAUCGAUACACCAGGUGCCGAAGGAAGGGAUUCCGAUAAGGAAAAAUAAGGCAUCAUAGCACAACUGGCAGCGACAGACUGAUAGGGUUGGAAGUCCGACAGAUGCCACCGAAUUAGGCCACGCCCACCGCAUGCUGAUUGGUGGCUUGGUGUUGCGUGACAGUCAUGUGACGCAACUUGUCAUAGUUAAUGAUACUAUGCAUAAAGUCACUAGAGAGGCAGUCCGCCUUGAUAUCUACACGAGAAAAUGCCUUGCGGAGAAUUGAUGGAUUGGUCAGUUUAUAUCAAUUUCUUCAGUGCGAAUAAUUAUUGCAAUGUGCUCAUCGCCUUUGAAUAUACUUACCUUCAUAUUUAAUUCAUGACGUAACAGAAAAAAAUGCUGAACAUAUUGUGGACGUUAUGUCUGAAAGAUUUGAAAUUAGCCAUGUUGUAAAUUUAUGCAUGGAUGUAAGCAUUAUGUUUAUUUCGAUGCCUUAUGAUAAUGAAUAAUUGUUAGACCAUCUCGUCUUUACUGACAAACCACAACUUGUUUUGGGGAUAGUGCAUUUACUCCAUUCCAUCCGUUCAUUGAACAAUUGGAAGAGUUUACCAUACAUGUUUGUGAAAAAAGGGUUUUAGAAUAUUUAAUUCCUUUAAUUUUCCAUGUGUUUGCAAAUAUGAAAUUUGAUAUAAUAUGAAAAGUCAGAGAAUAGCCAGUCUCGAUUAACCUAAAAUAUCAAGAAAAUAAUUUCUUGUAAGUGGAGUUUUAAUUUGAUGAUAGUUCAACGGAAAUGUGUGAAUGAAUCGUGCGAUAAAUUAGGUUAAAAAUUAAUUGGGAUGAAUCAUUCUUAUAAAUAGUUCAUUCUUUAGAGUUUUGACAAAAAACUUUUUCCUCAAGUCUCCUAGUUAUUCAACAUUCCAUUAACAAGAACUGAGGCAAGUGAUAUUGCAUCAUUUGCUUAAGUGAACCUUGAAUUGUGUUCUCAUCAAAGCAUUGCAUGGAUAAAUUAACUCACUCUAUAAUUCAAGAUUUAACAAUUAAAUUUUAAUUUGAUUCCUAAUUUAAAAGUACCACACGUACCUCAAAUUCUUUGAUCUUCCACGGAUAAUGUUGUCUAACGUCAGCGGAGAUGACACUUGAAUUCUACAACCAAAGAUUAAAUUUCAGGAUGAUUUAUUUUUUAAAACAAAUGUCGGUUGCAUUCCAUUUAUAAAUUUACAAUCCAUCAUUUCUAACGUAAGCGGAACUACAUACCAAAGACAAGGGACUAUUUUUUCUAGUAUUUCUACGCGGUCGAAAGGGUACUCAUCUCGGUCGUAAAAAGGGUAUAUAGUAAAUGUUAUGUUUAAGUAAUUCAUUUUAUUGUUGUUAUGUACUGCAUAUCAUAUGAAUGUUGGUUAUUGUUAUUGUAAUUGUGCACAUGUUUGUCAAGAUGUCUGUGUCGUGUCUCGUCGGUGUUCAUGAAUCAUUUUCCUAAAUAUUCACAUUCACAAAUCACAUCAGUCAGCUAUAUUGCCAGGCUUUGACGACUUAAUUAUUCAGUUAUAUUGUUAUACACAUUAAACCACAUGCAUAAAACAGCUUUACAAUGAUAUUGUUCAUUAUGUCCUUUAUUUUCAGGUUUGAAUUUAAAGAUUUAUGAAACUUAAAACGAGAUGUUUUGAAUGUAAACAAACAUACUCUCAUUAUUACAUCCCUGUGAGAUUAUUUUAGUCAGUGGUUUACUUAGUAAUCUUAUCUUUAUGAAAUUUAAUAAUAUUCAGUUUAAUUAUACGGACAGUUUACAUGUUGAUUAAUCUAUUUGGCCAGUAUAUAAAUAUAAAACGCCAUGCUCAAUUUAUCUUUGAUGUAUUGAAUAUCAUAUAUAUGGUGAAUAUUUCUAAACAUUAAACGAAAUUUUAAAUUCUGCAGCUUCUCAAGAGUCGUAAUAUACUUCAAAGAAACUCAAAUUCAUUUUUUGUGCUAUAUAUGUCUGCAAAAGCAAGGAAAGUAGUUGUAGUUUAAUAAUUUUAAACUGAAAGAGAAUUGCGCGAAAUUCAUUUUCGACAAUUCCGUUGUACCUACAAAACGAGAAUGUUGUUACGAUAUUGCCAAUAUAUCAGAUCACUUGAGCGAAAUCGAAUAUACUUUAAUAACUGUUGGCUUCUUGUAAAUAAGCGACAUAAAAACUUUAGCGCUAAACAGUAGUUUCGCCGGCUUAAUCAAUACCGCUUCCAGUUUUACAAGUAUUGUGGCUUAAACCUUCAUGUUUUAUAAGAAAUAGCUACAGCCAAAUAACUAUAAGUGCCAUACUUUGUUAUUGAGAACUAUACUAUCGUAGAGGUUUAGCUUGAAAGUGCUUCAAAGUGAUUACAUUUGGUCACCUCAGGGGAUAGUGUUAGAGUAUUUGUCUUGCGCAUGAAUAAUUCAACGCCACACAGAAUUUGAAACCUUAUCCCUUCCGGCAUUCUGCCAGUGCUACAACUAUGAGUUUUAUUCUUGAAAUAUUCUUAGGGUAUGUCCCUUUUGGUUGUUUAUUUGUAUGUUUAAAAAUUAUUUACAGAUUCAAAAAAUAAAUUGUUACUAUAUGGGCUAAAUGAUGACAUUGAUGAUAUUUAGAAUUCAAUUUUCUCGUGCAUUUAGCUGAGGUUUGUCUUCCAAAUAAUAUUUUGUCAACUGUUGAACAGAAAUAAUUGUAUUAUUAUUUUGGUAUUCGACACUAAAUUUGAAAUCUGAAACAAAUGGGAAUCGAAUCGCAAAAAUAUUUAUUUUAUUUUAUAUUUAUUUCUGUUUCAGUUAUAUUCAGGUCAAAGAAGUUAUGACGUAGCAAAUUAGAAAAAUGUGUUUCUUUUAGUGACAAACACUGCCGAUGUUGGUGAACCGCGGGCAAUGUGUCUGGCUAUCGGUUUAUAAGUCGAACCUAGUGUUGUAUCUUAAACUGUGAUAGUUUCAGCUUGCAUUUUCAAAUUCAUCCUGCAUGUCUUAUAGCAAUUCGCUCUUGUCACGUAUUGUUUAUAUAUGCAGUUGCAUAUAUUAUUUGCUACAGAAUAAAAUAUGAAAUAGAA